UUCAGUCUUUCGCAAACCGACAUUUUCACGUAACGCACAACGAUAGACGUAUUAGCGAGCGUACUACGCGUCGUUCAUCCCCACCACCCUCGGGAGCGCGGAAAGUGUCUGCCGGGCGUUUUUCUUCUCUGCACACACACACAGCCGCCUAUAACAACCUGUAAAACCGAGCGCGGUACGUCAGUUUCCAACCGACUCGCUUGAGGUGAGGACGUACGUCGUUUAUCGUACCGGCUGGACGAACAUACGACUCGACGACAAGGCGAGAGAAAUCUGGCGCGCGUGUGUGUGUGUGUGGCGAAGCGUCGGAUUACGGGGAAUACGAGAAAUGUGUUGGGCGGACGUCGCUUCAAAGGAAAGCCCGCGAAAAAGAUGACCGUCGGCUGCGCUGGUGAUUUCGGAAAUUAUCGUAUAGUUGCGAGUACGCGUUGUGGGUGUUUUUGUGUUUAAAACAAAGUAAAAGAAACAUUGCCCGGCGUGGAUUUUAUUUGGACGCGAUGGCCAGGAGGAAAAUGCGUGGGAAAAACGUGCGCAAGUGCUACUGCGAGGGACACUGCCCGAAUCGCCAAAGCAAUGGGACCUGCGAAAUCAAACCGGGCGGCAUGUGUUUCACCGACGUCGAGGCCGCCAUCAACGACGACGGCGUCGAGUACCCGCUGCGACGGUACGGCUGCUUGCCCCCCGACGACGGCACCUUCAUGCAGUGCAAGGGCCACCUGGUGCCCCACCGACAAAGCAAGUCGAUCCAGUGUUGCGACGACGCGGACUUCUGCAACCGCGACCUGAAGAUAAGCUACCCGGAACGGCCGGAACCGGACGUGCCCGGAUUCGGGACGCAAGACAACCUUCCCUUCAUCGUCCUGCUGACGUCGGUGACGUUUUGCCUCACGGUCUUCCUGCUGGGCAUCGCGUUCGUAUACAUGAAGUACCGCAAGAAGGAGGCCCACGGCAAGUUCGGCCUCUACUCCAAGGGUUACCCGUCGGAGAAGUGUCCCAACGUCGACAUCCACCGCCCCUUGACGAGUCUGAUCGAGCAGUCCAGCGGUUCGGGUUCCGGUCUGCCGAUUCUAGUGCAGAGGACGAUAUCGAAACAGAUCCACAUGGUGCAGUCGGUGGGCAAGGGCCGUUACGGGGAGGUGUGGCUCGCGCGGUUCCGUGGCGAAAGGGUCGCCGUCAAAGUGUUCUUCACGACCGAGGAGGCGAGCUGGUUCCGAGAAACGGAGAUCUACCAGACGGUCCUGAUGCGGCACGAGAAUAUCCUCGGGUUCAUCGCCGCCGAUAUCAAGGGUACCGGCAGCUGGACCCAGAUGCUCCUUAUUACCGAGUACCACGAGAAGGGAUCGCUGUUCGACUACCUCCAGGACCACUGCCUCGAAUCCAACGGUCUCCUCGUCAUGGCGAGGAGCAUAGUCAGCGGUCUGGCGCACCUGCACACGGAGAUCAUCGGCACCAAGGGCAAACCCGCCAUCGCGCACCGCGACAUCAAGAGCAAGAACAUCUUGGUGAAGCGGAACGGAGAAUGUUGCAUAGCGGACUUUGGUCUCGCCGUCAAGUACCUGAGCGACGUGAACGAGAUCGAAGUGCCGCCGAACAUCAGGAGCGGUACCAGACGCUACAUGGCGCCCGAAUUGCUCAGCAAAAGCAUCGACGUCAACAACUUCGAGGCGUAUCGGAAAGCGGACGUAUACGCGCUCGGCCUGGUGAUGUGGGAGAUGUCGAGGAGGUGCGUGACCGGGGACAAGUUGAAAAUCGCGGACGACUACGCGGUACCGUACUACGACUGCGUGCCUAGCGAUCCGAGUUGCGACGACAUGUCCCUAGCGGUGUGCGUAAAGAAACUGAGGCCCCAGGUACCGCUCAGGUGGGAAACGGACCCGGUGCUGAGGACGAUGUCGAAGGUGAUGCAAGAGUGCUGGCACCACAGCCCGGACGCCCGUCUUACCACGUUACGGGUGAAAAAGACGCUGGCACGUUUAGAGCCCGACGUCACCGUGAAUAUAGUUUAGUGUGUGUGUGUGUGUGUGUGAUGUACAGACGCAAAGCUUUAAACUUACUUGUAAAUAUCAGAGCGUUAAGGUUGUAAAUAUCGUUAAGUAGUCCAAAUGUACCUUGAUCCGAAACUAAGGAACGUCGUCGCGUUAAGUACGGUGCCGUACUUUCUAUAUUAGAAGAGUAUUUCCGCGAAAAUAACCGAAAACGGACUCGGGAAGCCUUCUCGAAGGAACGAGAAGAAGCGACCGCCCUUCCAUUUACUCGUAUUUAUGCGAGGCUCCACGCCAUAAAGUUGUACUUGGACCGUUUUGCACAUCAACGAUUUGACAAAUUACAAUAACUUAACUUCCUACUUUCCAACGUCUAGUUGAAUUCAAAAUGUCUAUUGGUACUGUGGGGAUACAUUAUACAAUAAAUACAGACACUGCUUAUCUAAUCAUAUAUAAUUUAAUAAAAGAAAAGAUACUCGAUUAAUUAUUUAUAAAAACAGGAUUCAUUCUCUCUUCAUUAACGAUACAUCUUUGAACUUAUUUAUAAAUAAAUAGUCAUACAACAAUAACGCUUUAAUAAAUCCCAAUGGCACAAGUUUGUGCGCCGUGGACCUUGUAACUUGGUGAGAUUGUACAUAAACGUUCGACCAAAUAACCAUUAAAAUAGGAUAACCGUGCCAUGAAAUUGAAGGUUGGUCGCUAUGUCCCGAGUACCAUUAGAACAAACUUGAACUUAUUUUAGUACUACGCAGUCGCAAAGUUGAUCGAAACAAGCCUUACCUCUGUGCCGUAGGACGUGCCGGAUGAUUCCUACCGUGGUGCCAUCGUCGCGUAUACUUUACCGGGUUAUUGUGUCAAAACGGAUCGCAGAAUGGUUCGGCAAAGCAGCACCAAAACUUCAAACGACACUCGUUAAAAUUGCACCAUUGACUCGGCUUUCGGAAAAGAAAAACAAAAUUUCGCUGUUGCUCAAAGAUCUUUUUUAUUUCUUGGUUAGGAUGACAUUUUGUUUCUGUUUUGUCUGUAUACUCGACCAUUCGCGUUUAAUUUUGCGUUUUUAGUUUUUAUUAUUGUAAAGUAAAUAGGCCGAGAGACUCUUGGAAUGUGCAUUUACAUUUGUAAAUAUCGUUCUCGCGUAAUUAUUUUAAUUUGUCUAGAGUUUAUCGAGCCGAAUGGUUGCGUAAGUCUGUUCGUUUGUAAUUUUAAUAGCAAGACUGAUAUUUUGGAUGUUGUUUUUCUCCGUGUAUAAAGGUGUAACAAAAUGUAACAAAUAUAUGUAGCUUAGUACAUUAACGUUGGUCUUUUAUUUCAUCAAAUAUGAACACGCACUCACCGAAAAGUUAGGUUAGCGUAUUUAUUUACAAACAAAUCCCGUUCCAGGCAACUCACCAUAUUUAGGCUACUUGAAAUCUUAAGUUCUAUUUACCAAUACCAGGGCCAAUUAGUUUCGAUUAGUGAUACCACAAGAUGAUUUGUUUCACCAAUAAAGGAUAGGGAAUUACUGCUAUAGGAUGUCAGUGAAAUACAGAAACUAUCAUUCCCGACUAAAAAAAAAAAACUCGAAAGGGACCCUGAAGCAACACUGAUUUUAAACAAAUUGCUACUGCGCCGGCUUGCGUGAAAGGUCCAUAAGAUUUUAAGGCAACGAUUUUUUAUUUUCACUAAAGUGACACGGCACUAAUAUGUAUAAAUUGGGAUGCAAAAACCUUUAACUUUCGGCGCAAAGGCAUAGAUAAAACAUUUAUCUUUGACAGCUGGGCUAACUUCAGAGAACGAAAUAUGCUUGUGACUGUGGGUAAAGAAUAAUACAAAUUUAAUUUUUGUUUUUUCCAAAUUCGAUAAUAGCCGCUUUCAAUGUUUUAAAGUGCAAGCCGGUAUCCCAAUUUAACGAGACAUUCAAAAUA